UUUAACGCCUUCGAAUCGUUCGGAUGUCUCGCUGCGUAACGCUCUCCGGUCCGGUUGUCUCAAUAUCUGAAGCUCGUUCGUAGUACGCAAGUUAAUACAAUACCCAAUAUCUGGAUAGAUAUACAACAAUUUAUGGACUAAAGUCAAAGUGCAGUGCUCCAACAACGAUCUAGUCCUACUCCAGCAAGUGCAAAAUCCCCCAUUAGAUAUAAACAGUCUCUCGCAAAAUGCGGCAACGCACAUAAAACAUAAAAAACCAAAACGUGUCUCAAGCUAAAGAAAAGUGUGUUUUAAGGAAACGCGCAGGCGAAAUAAUAACAAAUAACACACACACACACACACGCACACACAAGCAGCAAUAAGCUGGACAGAAUGGCCACAAAUACGGAGCUGUUGCCGUUCCAUCAUCAGACAACGAUAUCGCUGCAAACGGCUGCCGCAUUAAACAACUAUCAUGGGGGCGGUGGCGGUGGCGGUGGCAGCAAUGGAGCAGGCAUUGGUGGUGGAGGUGGUGCAACAGUAGCAGCAGCAGCUGCAGCAGCCGCAUGCUCCUCAGCGGCUGCCACAUGGAGUAUGGAUGAACUGUAUCAACAGACUGAGCUGCCCGGCCUGACACGCAACAGUGCCCACCACCUGCUGCGCUUCACCCCCUAUGCGCUGCAUCAUCGGCCGCAGUUGCAAACGUUGCCGCCCGCACUUUACUUGCAGCAUGCGGCAGCAGCAGCAGCGGCCGCAGCAGCAGCAGCAGCCGCCGCAGCCGCAGCACAUGCCCAGCAUCAUCAUCAUCAUCACCAUCAUCAUCAACAUAGGGCGGCGACGCCGGCAAGUCCGCCACCCAUCGAAGGCACCCACAUCAGUAAUCUGUUCCCCGAGCUGCUCGAGCAGAUCUUUGAGCAUCUGCCCGUCCGGGAUUUGGGUCGAGCGGCGCAGGUGUGCAGCGCGUGGCGAGAUGCCGCCUAUGCGAAGAGCGUGUGGAAGGGUGUCGAGGCUAAGUUGCAUCUGAAGCGCUCCAGCCCCAGUCUCUUCAAUUGCCUCGUCCGGCGUGGAAUUAAGAAGGUGCAGAUUCUCUCGUUGCGUCGCUCCCUCAAGGAUCUGGUGUUGGGUGUGCCGGCGCUGACAUCCCUCAAUCUCAGCGGUUGCUUCAAUGUGGCCGACAUGAAUCUGGGCCAUGCCUUCAGCGUGGAUCUGCCCAAUCUGAAGACGCUCGACUUGUCGCUGUGCAAACAGAUCACGGACACAAGUCUGGGCCGGAUUGCCCAGCAUCUGAAGAAUCUGGAGACGCUGGAGCUGGGCGGCUGCUGUAACAUAACGAAUACGGGUCUGCUGCUGAUCGCGUGGGGCCUGAAGAAGCUGCGCCAUUUGAAUUUGCGCAGCUGCUGGCACAUCAGUGAUCAGGGCAUUGGCCAUUUGGCCGGAUUCAGUCGGGAGACGGCAGAGGGCAAUCUGCAGCUGGAGUUCCUCGGACUGCAGGACUGCCAACGGCUGAGUGACGAGGCACUGGGCCACAUAGCACAAGGUUUAACCUCCCUCAAGUCCAUCAAUUUGAGCUUCUGCGUUUCGGUGACGGACAGCGGCCUGAAGCAUCUGGCCCGGAUGCCCAAGCUGGAACAGCUGAAUCUACGCUCCUGCGACAACAUCUCCGACAUUGGCAUGGCCUAUCUAACGGAGGGGGGCAGUGGCAUCAAUUGCUUGGACGUGAGCUUCUGCGACAAGAUCAGUGAUCAGGCCUUGACGCAUAUUGCCCAAGGUCUGUUUCGACUGCGCUCGCUGAGCCUGAAUCAAUGCCACAUCACGGAUCAGGGCAUGCUGAAAAUAGCCAAAUCGCUGCACGAACUCGAGAAUCUCAAUAUUGGCCAGUGCAGCCGGAUAACGGAUAAGGGGCUACAAACGCUUGCCGAGGAUCUGUCCAAUUUGAAGACGAUCGAUUUGUAUGGCUGCACGCAGCUGAGCUCGAAGGGCAUCGAUAUUAUUAUGAAGCUGCCCAAGCUGCAGAAGCUCAAUUUGGGACUGUGGCUUGUCAGAUGAUGCGUUCACCAUGACUGCAAUGCCUGCGCCGCUGCCGAGGCGGCCGAGAAGUCGACGGCGCCGUCAACGUCAGCGUCAACGUCAGCGCAGGCGACCGCUUAAAAUGCGUCUCCCUCUCUCCUGUCUGUGUGCGUGCGUGUGUGUGAGUGACUUUUGUCUUCUACUUUUGACUUUGUCUUCCUCGUCUCCUUCUUACCUGCCUUUGCGUGCCGUGUUGCAUGUCUGAUGCGAAGGCAAGGCACGUAAUUACACACACCAGCAAACUCACACACACACACACACUUGCACACGCACACACACACACGCCUGCACACGCAGAGCUGGGCAGACAACUAAGAAACAAAAAAAGAGAGAAAGAAGGAAAAAAAACAAAACAAGAUACACUGAAAAACUCAUAGCUUUCGUUUGCCAUACCACACGCUGUACUAAAUUUUUUCGUACGAAACAAGUAGAAACAGAAAACAGCAACAACACCAGCAAAAGCAGCAGCAGCAGCAGCAGUCGCGGCAGAGACAGAGCGCAGCAGUGAGAGAGAGAGAGAGAAGAAGGCAGAAAACAACAAACGCCAACAACAAAAAGCAAACAAUGAACAAAACACACACACACACAGCGACUGCGACGACGAAGCUCGCUCUGGUCUGCUGUGUUGUUGUUAUUACUGCUGCUGUCGCCGCAGGUUCCUAAGGGGCUGGCAGCGGCGCACUUGUGGGCCUGCAUUGACGGGGGGAUUUAGGCGGGAAGGGGGGCGUCAGCUUACACGCACGCAACGGCGGCGGCGACAAAAAAAAAAACAAAACAAAAAAAAAACGAGAAAAAAUAAAACACGGCUGCAGCUAUGGCCGAUGGCAGCAACAAAGUGCAUGGCGAUGGAGACGCGCGAUAAUCAUAGCCAGAGAGACGGAGAGGGAGAGCGAGAGCGGGCAGACACACACACAUCCGAAUGCAUAAAUAUGCGUACGCGUUUGUAUGUGUGUGUGUGUGUAUAUAAUGCAGGCCGCAGUUAAACAGAUGCAAAUAAAUUUAAAUAGUUUAUUUUAAUUCACGCUUCGGCAACAACAGCAAAAAAUACAACAAAAAAAGAGAAGCAGAAACAACAAAAGCCAGCGUCCUCCAACGCCACAGCAACAACGACAGCAAUGGCGGCAGCUGCGACGCCAACAGCGACGUGAGCAGCGCUUUAAGCUUGCCCGCGACAGCAACAACAACAACUACAUCGAACGACGACUAUAAAAAGUUUGCUCUUUGUUGGCGCUCUCCGUCUCUGCCUCUGCCUCCGUCUCCGUCUCUGCCUUUUGUUAGAAAUGUAUUUUUUUGUGUUUUUUUUUUAGUUUGUAUUUGGCCCAACGAGAUUCUUUGUGUUGAAUGUAUUUUUUCUGUUUGUUUGCGUUUGUUUCGAAUUUGUUUAGUGCAGCGUCGUUAGUUAUGCCGUUUAAUUUAGUUGAUGAUUAAAUUUAAAACAUGUUAAUAGUAGACACUUAACGCAAAUUAAUAAAUUUACAUUUAGGUUUAGUUCUUAACUUGGUCAAACAACAAUUAGUCAAAUAACAAACGCAACUACAACAAAAUAACAACUUUGUUUAUUAGCAAAAAAAAAAAACAA